CAUCAAGAUUGGAUAAGUGUCUAAAAGAUCUGUUUAGUCAAUUAACAUUUACGGCUAAUUUUGAUUUUGCCGAAGUGAGAAAAGUUGCCCGGAAUUCGACAUGGCAAACUCAUUUUCAUGGAAGCCAGCAUACAUACUAACAUAGCCUUUAAGUUGAGGACUCCGUGCACUCACACGUAUUGCAAGAGGAGACCAAGUGAGGGUAGGCGGCAAAAUGACACAGGUUUUAGAUCUAUCCACCAAACGAAUCAAAGAUGUACCUAUCUCAGAUCUAGUCACCAUCAAGCAAGAACCGGUGGAUGAAGCAAGUGAUGAUGGUUACUAUACAAGUCUAGUGAACGGGAGAGAUGAACACCAUACCAAGUCAUCAAAUCAUGUCUUUCAGUACGAACCAACGCACCAGGGUAUUCCUUUCACUUCCAAUAGCCCCGUCUAUCAUUCUCUACCAAACAAUAACAUCACCGUCAAGGACGAGACCUUAGACAUUAAAGAAGAGACUCAAACCAUUAAAGAAGAGCCUGUAGCGGAUGAAGAUAGGUGCGAGGUGUGUCAUAAACCUUACGACGAUGCAGAACAUAAGAGGACUACAUUCCGUUACGUCCUGCAUGAUAUUGAGCUGGUGCUGUGCACAAAGUGCUGCGCCACCAUCGAAUCGAAGCAGGAGGAUGAGAAGAUUGAGGGUGGAAGCGAGGGCACGUCCAUCGCCGAAGACGAGACGGACGGUGGCUGGCUUGAAGUGGACGAGAAGGACGGGUUAGAUCAGUUCCGUAGAGACUAUCAGGGACCAGAUGAUGAUGAUAUGGAUGAGGAGAACGAAGGGAGAUUGAUGAUUGAUACCGAGAGUGAAACCAGUCAGACGGAGCCGAUGACGAGAUCGGAAGAUUCUCUUGAAGGACAUAGCAAUCAUCUUGGUCAGAUCCAGGGAGUGUUUCCUGGUGAGGAUCCUAGUAGACGCCACCAAUGUCCAAUCUGCGGAAAGCGGUUCACUCUACGAGGUUGUCUCACCCGUCACCUGAAGAUCCACACGGGCGAAAAGCUCCAUCAGUGUGACGAGUGUCCAAAGGCGUUCACACGUGCCAGUAAUCUACGUUCACACAUGAGAACGCAUACGGGUGAGAAGUGCUUCCAAUGCCCCAUCUGCGGGAAACUGUUCGGUCAGGGUAGCUGGUUGAAGCGUCACAUCCGCACUCAUACGGGCGAGAAGGAAGUCAAGUGCGAGAUCUGCAACAAGUGGGUCAGCUCGACGACCAGUCUGCAGUCCCAUAUGAGAACGCACACUGGGGAAAAACCCUUCCCUUGCAAAAUAUGCAACAAGAGCUUCAGUGUGAAAUGCACCUUGACUGUCCAUAUGCGCAUUCACACUGGUAAAAAGCCGUUUGUUUGUGAAGUAUGUGGUGCCGCCUUUAUCCAGAGUACUCAGCUAGCCACCCAUAUGCGGAUACAUACUGGAGAAAAACCCUACGUGUGUGAGGUCUGUCAACGGCAGUUUGGCAAGAAAGAAAAUCUUCUUAUCCAUAUGAAGAUUCAUACUGCUGGUCAGAACUUUGAUUGCAGGUUCUGCAAUCAAAGAUUUGACAAUUCUGAGGAGCUGAAAACCCAUACCCUUCUUCAUAUAGAGAAGAGACCGUACGUUUGUGAGACAUGCAACAAGGCAUUCAAGAGGAAGGAUAAUCUCAAGGAACAUUACAAGGUUCACACUAAAGAGAAGCCAUACACUUGUGAGGUGUGCAGAGAGUCCUUUUCCAACGCAAGCCAUCUGAAGGUUCACAUGAGACGCCACACCGGCGAUAAACCUUACUCGUGUGAACUCUGCGGUAAGUGUUUCACGCAAAGCAGCAGUUUAAAAACACACUAUCUCAUCCACACCGGUGAGAAACCUUAUUCGUGCCCUAUAUGUAAAUCGGUGUUCACACGCAACGCAAGCGUUAAGAAACACAUGAAGAGGGCACACAACGCUACCAUGCCACCCAAGGAGGACCCAUCAACGGCGCCCUCUCCCGUUGUAAGCGAGUCAGUUGAGGUUAGAUAAUCUUGGAUGGCAACCUUCCAAGUAUCUUUAUUUUUUUGUACUUUCACAAUGGCCUUUGUAUGUGUAGAUGAUGCGGUGUGUUUUAUAGAUAUUUAUGUCUUUGAUUGAUCCAGAUGUUUUACUAUGUAAAUGAUUGAAAGAUUUCAACCUGUGAUAACCCAUCAAACCUGUUUGUUAAUAGAUAACUAUAAUGAUAAUAGAUGAAACAAUAUGCAAUAUACCUAUGUAUGUAAGGUAUAGAGAUUAUAUUUCCAAGAGAGUAUGUCCAUGUAGUCUGUCAUGUGUAGGAAUUGAUAUAUUUCCCAAGAUGGGUAUGGUAGUAUUCCUGAUUUUGUAAAUAAAGACUUGAUUCAAUAGGACCUGCUUUAGAUGUGUGUUAAUUUUAUUAUUUCUUUAAUUAAUUAUCCUUCUUUACCAUAUGGACCUUCACUACAUAAUCAUAGCUAAUGUCUUGGAGGCAGAUACAAGGGCCUGUAUUCUGAAGUCAGGUUUAACUUAGACCACGGUCUAAGUCUGUGCUA